AUGGCGAGCUCCGAACUGGCCAUCCGGUCAACCAAACACCGCGCGGCGUCACGCCUCACCGCCAGUCAGUCGUCAAAACGCAGGCAUCCGGGCAUUCUUGCCGGCAUUGACGAACACAAUGUCAUCGAAGUGUCCGACGAAGACGAGGCCGCGCCAGACAACCCGACCUCGAGUUUCCAUCAUCACACUACGCGUGCCAGUGUUUAUGGACGUGCGGACGCGUUGUAUGAUAUGAAAUAUCACCCCAUGGACGACGUCAUGCGUCCAAGCCAGGCUGCGAAAAGGCGAAAGCUCACUGAUGUGAUCGAAGCGAGCUCAGAGGAGGAAGACUUCGUAGCGCAAUCGUCCAGCUCCGAUUAUAAUGGUGUGGAUUCUCGGAGGAGGUUUGGGACACAGCGUGAGCCAACCUCGUCUCGCCAUUCGGCGCGCACAGCUUCCAAGCCGCUGGUCAAUUACGAUGUUAGAAUCCAUCCACAGGACAACAUCUUAGCAGAUCUUGGUGUGCCGGGCUUCCCAAGGCAUUGGAAGCGUGCCACCGUGUCUGCUGAAGACGAAGUAAGCACAUCACGGAACAAAUCAAAGAGCUGCUCCUCAAAUUCGACUGCGCGGACCUCUUCGAGCGCGAGUAAUCCAUCGACGAAGCACAAACCAUCUCAAGGGCGAAAAGGGACCAAAGAUGACCGGGCUUUGCAAAACAGCCCGCAUGCUAUCAAGCGAUACGCGGAACCUCUUGGCGUCUGGACACUGGAGCCGGGCGAGCGGUAUUUCCGCCACGAUGUGGACUCUUGGUUCGAGGAUCCAUCAACCAGAGUCGACUUUACCGGUGAUUCCGAAGCGGAUUUCCACAUUCUGCCGAUGCGGCGAUACAGGACGAAUAAUCCUCCUGGAGAAGUACUCGAUGAUGAGCAAGCGGUGUUGAUACACUCCUCGCCUCAUAAUGAGGCAGAUAGCGACGCCGCCUUGCUGACAUUGGAAGAUGAGGAAGCUGGACGGGAGUAUCUGGUUAUGGAGGAUCAGCACGUUGCCACGUAUGCCACUAGCUGUUCCGAUGGGUCUGGAGGUUCGAUCGAGAAAGACGGGAGAGAACAUUCGGCUGAAGGCAACGUUACCAUGCCUGAGCUCGUCUACGAACAGUCUACGAAAGGCGACGAUCUUGGAGCGGCCUCAACGGCUCAGCAACCCUUCACCCCUGGUGAUUCGGCGGGAGGUGAUGCCAUCGUAGUACCAAGCAGUCGCGACACGCCCACCCCAGAGUCCAGCCUGGGCAGUGGAAGUAGAAAUGAGCAGAACGAGGAGCAGGACGACGACCAGGAUGAGGAGCAGUACGAUGAGCAGGAGCCUCCUGUUGACGGCGGAGACAACCAUGAUGACGGACCACUCACAAAUGCAUUCAUCCUACCGUUACCGACACGAUACAGAAGCCAACGAAAGAGUACCUCGUUCAACAUACAUGUUGAUGACGAGGAAGCCCCACGACCCAGUCAAUCACUGCUUGCGCCUGCGGCCACCGAAGAUUUUGACAAAGAGAACGUCGACGCCCAGUCUGAAUCUCGAUCCGACAGCGAACCGGAAGACGGUCACGUAGCGGUGCGGAUCGAUGAGACCAGUCUGGCAGGUGACGGCACCUUUCACCAAAGUCUCGACGCUGAGACCGCGGAAGGGCAGGCAAACGACGAUAUGGAGACAGGAUGUCAGUGUUGCGCGACAAAUACAUUACAUGUCGAUCAGGCACCGUCAGACUCCUCUCCAUCACGGGACCUCCACCGCUCGCCCGAUCCCAUCACCGUUCAAACGAUAGAGCAUGAAAGGGACGCCAUCGUCCAAGAGUCUGAUGCGUCGCAGUCAUCAACUCAGCAGUCGCCUCCGCCUGCAUCUGACAGCAACAACACAGCAACACACACGCUAUCGCCCCCCUCCACUGUGCCAGGAACCCAGCGUGCUGCAGGCACACGAUUCGUUGAGGAAGUCGUCGAGAAAGCCAGAAACAUCCAAGACUGCGGCUCCGCCCCAUCAUCUGACUCCUAUGAGCAUACGGCGAUAUGA